AUGUUUGUUGUGCCAAGCCUGGGGAACCUGUCUGCACUGCGUUCUUUGAGGGUCCUACGAGCACUAAAAACAGUGACGGCAGUUCCUGGUCUGAAAACAAUUAUCGGGGCUCUCAUGGACGCUGUCAUGCACCUGCGGGAUGUCGCUGUGCUCACUCUCUUCAUGCUUUCCAUUUUCUCACUAAUCGGAGUGCAAUUGUACCGUGGUACACUGCUGCGAAAGUGUGUCACCCCCUGGCCUGGCUACGACACCCCGCUGGGUCUCAACGCCCUAAGCCACCUUGUCGCCGAUGUACAACUAAACAGAAGCUUUGAGAAGACACUGACCGCUGAUAUCAAACAAAUUGUCGAUAAUAUUAACCUGAUGAACAACACCUUGCUAGCUGAGAAAAUCAUUGACGCCUCUUACUUCCUCUACACACAAUAUGAUCCAUAUGAUCGUGGUUGA